UCUUUCCCACUCCCUCCCUGAAAGAAAAAUCUCCAACGCAGUGAGUCAUGUGACAGUCCAAAGUGCUACAUUAGACCCAGAGACUUCCCAAACACGUUAGUACAUAGAAGCAAAAAAAAUAAGACGCGCAAGCAGACAGCAACUUCAGGAUCUGGAGGCGAAACAGAAUUCGAUGAAUUCCAGUGAUAAGGAAGAACAUCUCAGACCCUCCUUCUUGUGUGCGUGCAGGAGACUUUGCAUUUAGUUGGAGAAAGCGACCUCGCCUCCCUUUUGAAUUUGGACGGAUCAGUGAUUUUGGGUUUUGCUUCCUUUUGUGUCUUGGGUGUGUGUGUGUGUGUGUGAGGAGAGAGAAGUUUCUUAUCUUAACAUGCCGAAGUUUUGAAGGCUUUCUUUCCCCCUGUCACUGUCUCUCUCUCUCUCUCACACACACACACUCACACUGUCUCUCUCGAUCUCUCUGCAUUUGGGGAAAUCCAUGCAGUCACGAUGCCGCGUCCGGGCAGGAACACUUACAGCGACCAGAAACCGCCCUACUCCUACAUCUCGCUGACAGCCAUGGCCAUCCAGAGUUCCCCGGAGAAGAUGUUACCCCUCAGCGAGAUCUACAAGUUCAUUAUGGACCGUUUCCCCUAUUACCGGGAGAACACGCAGAGGUGGCAGAACUCGCUGCGACACAACCUCUCCUUCAACGACUGCUUCAUCAAGAUCCCCCGGAGGCCCGACCAGCCGGGCAAGGGCAGCUUCUGGGCUCUGCACCCGAACUGCGGCGACAUGUUCGAGAACGGGAGCUUCCUGAGGCGCCGCAAACGGUUCAAGGUGCUGAAGACGGACCACCUGGCGGUGGGGAAAGCUCCGGACGCCGCGCACUACCUGCAGCAGCAAGCCAAGCUGCGGCUCAGCGCGCUGGCCGUCUCCGCCAGUCCCCUCGCCCAACUGCCCGCCGCCUAUGGCAUGGCAGGAUCCCAGAGCGGCGGCUUCAAGCACCCCUUCGCCAUCGAGAACAUCAUCGCCCGGGAGUACAAGAACGUCAUGGCCAGCGGUCUCGCCUUCCAGCCUCUGCCCCCCGGGUACCCCAUGCCCCUCACCUCGGUCGGGGGCAGCCUGGGCACCGGCUGGCACCACAUGUACAGCGCCAGCGUGAUGGACACAGCCCCCCCCCCCUCCCAGUUUCUCUUGCCCCCACCCAUCAACUUCUUAAGCUACCCUCCGCAGACUGGGGGGACGGAGCAAGCAUGGGCCAGGUCCUGGAGCAGGGACAGAGUGAGUCCUGGACAGACGCCAACAUGUCGAGGUGGAGAAAUGGAAGAAGUCGAAAUCAAAAACAUCAAGUUUGUUUCCUCGCCGUAUGCAAUCGAUUUAUCAAAGACCAGCGGUUACUUCAUCCCAAAAGUUCCAUUCACUGUGUUGAAUGUGGUCAUCGCUGGCUAG